AUGGGCGUUCACGCGCCGUCACAUAAUCCUAACCUCCCUCGCUCGCCGGUGACCUCUACUAACCCUCUGGCGCUAGACAGACGCCCUGCAAUGCGCCAUUCUUUACCCACCUACUGCGCAAGGUGCGCGACCUCGUCUACGACUAUGUCUGGCGCGACGGACUACAUUCAGCAGUACGGUCUCUUUCGGUACUGCAGCUUCACGUACGGUGCGCACCAUGGCAUGCAGCCACCGACACACCGUGCAAGCAGAUCAUGGACGAAGCGAUCUGCCACUUGCACACGCAACCCCACCGAUACUUCGUACGCUGCCACGCUGACAGGGUUCCAUUAUCGCUCACCUUUCCAUAACCUCGCAGCGCGAGUAUACCCUAUGCCUCCGUGUGCAAGAUGGCCAGCGCUCGAAGAAAGCCAAAGCUGGAAGACGAACUGGUUCGACGACAAGGUGGAGCCGAUCACCAAAUACACAGCUCGCAACAUGCACCAGAGACUGUUGACAUGA